UUUUCGAGGACCGGGAGCUCGGAAGUGGAAAAGAGAGAAGGAAGGAAGGAAAGAAAGAAAGAAAGAAACAAAGAUAGAAGGAAAGAAACAACGACUGGAGUUAUCAUUUUUGUUGCCCCCAGGAGGCAGCUCUGGAAAAGAAGCUGUCGGAGCUGAGCAAUUCGCAGCAGAGCGUGCAGACGCUCUCGCUAUGGCUGAUCCACCACAGAAAGCACUCGAAAACCAUCGUGAGUGUGUGGUACAGAGAGCUCCUGAAAGCCAAAAUGUCACGCAAACUGACUUUCCUGUACCUGGCCAACGAUGUCAUCCAGAACAGCAAACGGAAGGGCCCGGAAUUCACACAAGACUUUGCCCCAGUCAUCGUUGAUGCAUUCAGGCAUGUUUCCAGCGAGGGUGAGGAGGGGUGUAAGAAGCAUUUGGACCGUGUGCUGGAAAUCUGGCAAGAGAGGGCGGUGUAUGAAAACGAUGUGCUUGAGCAGCUCAGCCAGGUUCUCCACGGUGAUAAGAAGUCAAGGAAGCGACCCUACGAAGAAAUCAAACUUUCAGACGAUGACUACCCCUGCCAGAGUUCUCCUGGAGAGCCUCCACAGACUGCAGAGCUUAUUCGGGCCCUCCAGGAGCUGGAGAACGCAGCCUCUGGAGACUCAGUGCUGCGCCAGCGCAUCUCCUCCCUACCUCCAGAAGUCCAAGACACAUCGCUGCUCCACAGGAUCACAGACAAGGAGUCAGGGGAACGCCUGUCCAGGCUAGUAGAAGAGGCGUGUCUGCUUCUGGCUGACUACAGUGGACGCCUAGCUGCGGAAAUUGAUGACCGAAGACAGCUCACACGCACACUUGCCCUCUUCCUACAGAGUCAGCGUAAUGGCCUGGCCCAGAAUGAACAGAAGUUGGAAGAGUAUAAACACAAGCUGGCACGGGUGUCCCAGGUUCGGAAGGAGUUGCGCUCUCGACUAAGCAGCCUGCCGGACCUCUCUCUGCUCCCGAACGUGACAGGCGGGCACAUGCACCUGCCUUCAUCUGGAGACCUCUACAGUCCUUCUGACUGACACACCUCCUUCUCUUUGCCCUUUUGACACAAUCUGCUUCUCAACCCAUAUGCUUCUGAUUGUAUGGGUGUCACCCCGUUUGUCAUCUUCCUGCCUUAUAAAUGGAAAAACAGAUCUCUCUUUGCUGAAACUGAUCACAUACUUUUCCCACAUUUAGAUCUCUGAGCUUCAUCAUACCUGCAUUCUUAGCAUGUUGUCUUGUUUACAAGCUCUUCUUCCUCAUGUCCGUAAUGAUCCAUCACAGUAUCCCAUUCUGAUCAACACUGGUCAAAAUAUUGUUGUGACGUUAUUUUUUAUCUAUAGUGACUUUAGAUUACAGCACAGAAAUAUAAAUUGUAUAUUAAGUGGUUCUAAUUAAAUUGUGCAGUACAGUAUAUCAUAUAUUCAGCUACAGUAUUUUAUUACGGUUGUCCUCAUAUGUUGGUUUGAAAUUUUUGGAAUUCAUUACUAACUGCACAAUUUCAGGUUUCUGGCAAUUCCUGUGUGCUUUCUUGAGUAAGGAUGUUUGAUAUUUAAAGAUGUUAUAAAACACUUAAAACAUUAACAAAGAGGUACAGUAGAUAUCAAAUUCUUGUCAGGGUAGAACCAGGGAAAAUAUGUCAUGUAAUUCUGGUGGCAAAAGAAUUAAACAUUUAUUUUAUGUGGGCUUUUUUUUUUUUUUUCUGAGAAGAUCAUUGCAUACAUACUUAUGCUGUCAUUAAUAAAUGCACCUAGAAUGCUUGCAGGAUAAGUGUACCAAUUCAGUCACUCUUACCAGUUUUGAGUUAUACACUACCCUGAUACCCUGAUCAUUUAAGCCUUCCCCUUGGGUAUAAUUUUCAUGUACAUGUUUUUUUACUAUCUUAAACCAGUACUACAGAAUGGAAGGAGC